AACCUAAUUUUUUUCACUUGUCGCUCUUCUUCUCUCGCUCUUUCUCACUCCGCCGGCGGGAAAACCAUGUCGCACUUCGGGAGGUCAGGUCCACCGGAUAUCAGUGACACCUACUCACUCCUCGUCCUUAACAUCACUUUCCGUACGACUGCGGAUGAUCUCUAUCCUCUAUUCGCAAAGUAUGGCAAGGUCGUUGAUGUCUUUAUCCCCAGAGAUCGAAGGACUGGUGAUUCUCGUGGUUUUGCGUUUGUUCGGUACAAGUAUAAAGAUGAAGCUCACAAAGCAGUGGAAAGGCUUGAUGGAAGAGUUGUUGAUGGCCGGGAAAUAACUGUUCAGUUUGCGAAAUAUGGCCCUAAUGCUGAGAAGAUUUCCAAAGGAAGAGUUGUGGAACCACCACCAAAGUCACGAAGGUCAAGGAGCCGUAGUCCUAGGAGGAGUCGUAGUCCUCGGAGGAGCCGUAGCCCGUCUAGACGCCGCAGUCCUAGAAGAAGCCGCAGUCCUCGGAGGAGGUAAAGUUUCUUCUUUAAUCUGAAUG